GAAAAGCUCCAAAAGCACAGUCGGCUGCGGAGCAGGCUUCUGGAAGGAGGGCUGCUUGCAGUCCGAGCUGAUUCAGUUUCACCUGAAUAAAAGCUUAGGGAAGAAAGGAACAAAGAUGCAGGCCAAAGCAGCCUCCCCCCCUGAGCCUGAGCCUGAGCCUCAGCCCACCCCACAAGUGGCCCCCCAGCAGGACCAGACGCUGCUAGAGGAGGUGGAACGGCUUGAGGAUGAAAAUGAUGAUCUUAAGACUGAAAUUGAGGAGAUGCGAGCAGAGAUGGACGAGAUGCGGGACACUUUCUACGAGGAAGACGCCUGCCAGCUGCACGACAUGCGCAGGGAGUUGGAGAGAGCCAACAAGAACUGCCGAAUACUCCAAUAUCGCCUGAAGAAGGCAGAGAGAAAAAGGGUCCGCUUCACAGAGAGCGGCCAAGUGGAUGGAGAGAUGCUCCGAAGUCUGGAGCAAGACCUCAAGGUGGCAAAGGACGUGUCUGUGCGCUUGCACCAUGAGCUGGAGAACGUGGAGGAGAAGAGGACAAGGACGGAAGAAGAGAACGAGAGGUUAAGGCAGCGACUGAUAGAGGUGGAAGUCACAAAGCAAGCUCUUCACAACGAGCUCGAGAAAGCUAAAGAGCUGUCCCUGAAAAGAAAAGGAAGCAAGGAGCUGCAGAAAGAGAGGAAGGCCCAGCAGACCCCAACUGAGGAAGAAAAUGAGGAUCUGAAGUGCCAAGUGGCCUUCAUCAAAGAAGAGGCGCUCUUGAUGAGGAAAAAGAUGGCAAAGAUAGACAAGGAGAAGGAUCGGCUGGAGCAGGAGCUGCACAAGUAUCGCUCCUUCUACGGGGACGUGGACAGCCCGCUGCCCAAAGGCGAAGCCGGGGGCCCGCCCAGCACGCGGGAAUCCGAGCUCAAGCUCCGCUUGCGCCUGGUGGAGGAGGAAGCCAACAUCCUGGGGAGGAAGAUUGUCGAGUUGGAGGUGGAAAACAGGGGGCUCAAGGCCGAGUUGGACGACAUGAGGGAAGACAGUUUGGUGGCCGCCGGAGCGGAUGGCGACGGGCGCGGAGGGCAGCAGUGCAGAGAGCAGAGCGAGGCGCUGUCUGAGCUCAGGCAGCAGCUGCAACUGGUGGAGGAUGAAGCAGAACUCCUGCGCAGGAAUUUAGCAGAUGUGGAGGAGGAAAACAAAAAGGUUACAAAUGAGCUGAACAAGCUCAAGUACAAAGCUGGAUCCCAUGAAGCUGGCACCAGACACGGGGGAGGAGGAGGAAGCGAGCCGGCUAAAAUGGACGCCCUCCAGGAGGAACUCAAGGCAGCCCGUCUGCAGAUCAAUGAAUUGAGUGGCAAAGUCAUGCAGCUCCAAUAUGAGAACCGAGUGCUGCUAUCUAACAUGCAGCGCUAUGACCUGGCUUCGCACCUGGGCAUACGAAGCAGCCCACGGGACAGUGAUGUUGAGAGCGACGGGGGGCGGGACGAUGACACGCCCUCGGGCGUGGGCUCGGCCUCUGCCUCUGGCUCGGCCUCUGGCUCGGCCUCUGGCUCGGGCUCUGGCUCUGGCUCGGCCUCUGGCUCUGGCUCUGGCUCGGCCUCUGGCUCUGGCUCCUCACCUCGCCUCCUGCCACCUCACCGUAAACGGGAGGGCCCCGUUGGAGGCGAGAGUGACUCGGACGAGGUGAGGAACAUCCGCUGCCUCACCCCAACGCGCUCCCUCUACUCACCUGUGGAGAGCCGUUUUUUAUCCAGAAGCCCGAAGGAGCGGCAGCAAAUGAUAGACAUCCGAACGGAGGCCGAAAGGCUGGGCCGAACCGUGGACCGGCUCAUUGCCGACACCGGCGCCAUCAUUGCUGAGGCUCGGGUGUACGUCACCAACGGCGAGCUCUUUGCUAGCUUGGACGACCUAGACGAAGGCGCUAGGAUCCGAGAGCACGAACUGCUUUAUCGGAUUAACGCGCAGAUGAAAGGCUUCAGGAAGGAGCUGCAGGGCUUCAUUGACCGCUUGGAUGUUCCUAGACAAGAUGACAAAGAACCCGAGGAGCCUCUCUCCCUCAAGCCGUCCGUCCGUCCGUCCAUCUAUCCGUCCGUCCAUCUAUCCGUCCGUCCGUCCAUCCAUCCAUCCAUCGCUCGUGUCAGUCAAGAACUUUGUAGCUACCGGGUUGAGAUCCAAAAGAAGAGUGAGGAGAAAAGAUUGAGUCCAUCUGAAAGUCAACAUCACCAGAGAAGGACGCGGAUAAAAGUGCCCUCAGGUCAAAUGGGGCAACAUGUGAUCUCAGCCAAAUCUACAAUCCACACUGGAUGGCCCUGUCACCCGAUGACACCGGGAGAAACGUCAUGUUGGGAAAAAAACCCCCGGCAGAGUUCAACAGAACUUUGUUUCAAGCGGAGGUGGGCCGACGCGUUCCGCAAGCAGAUGAUUGCCGGCCGGAACCCGAACCGGAUCAGUGUUUACUUCCCUCGCGUUGCCCGGGACGUCAGAUCAACGGUAUCAUCGUCAACUGGUCACCUUUCCGCUUUGAACUUUGAAAGCUGAUGUUUCUCACGCCAUUCUUACAAUCCUCUAUCUCAUUGGACUGGAUUGUUGCUGACGUCACCGAGAUUGUGCUUUGUUUCCUCUGCCGCGUGGAUAGCCGUGCUUACUGAACAAGGACAAGGCCUUAUUGUUGGCGCUAUUUCGACUCAUGAACGGGAGGAACGUGUCAGGACUUGACUCGGCCGACCGACCGACCGACCGAGUAUCAUAUCGGGGCAAAGAAUUUCACCCCAUCACUCUUAAAGCGAUGCCUUAGUUAAACUUGUAAUCGAAUCAGGACCAAGAGGAAUGUUAAACGCAUUUGAGUCCCUUCGUCACAUCUACUGUGCUCAAGGAGUGGAACAGGCUAUACCGCUCUACAAAGGGAAAAAAGAAAGGAAGCCGUCCGUGCACACAUCCGAGAUGGACCGGAAAAAACGGCUGGCUGUGUGCUCGCCCCUCCCCUCCCGUGUCUGCUCACAAUCUACGUAAUUGGCGUCCGCGUCACCUGCCUUCUCUCUUGACCAGUAGAGGGCAGUAUCGUUGAGACUAGAGUGACAGCUCCCCUUGAAAGGCUCAAAUCACCCUCUCUCUCUCUCUCUCUCUCUCUCUCUCUCUCUCUCUC